AUCGUUGUAGAAUGCGGAUUUCGAAGCUAGUACGAAUAGCUAGCUAGUAAGCUAAAAACAAGGUUCUUGUUGUUCGGCUUCAAACGGCUGAAAUGUCCAAAACACACUCGUCAUCUUCGGCAGCGACGACCACCGGGGGGCCCUCCUCGUCCUCUUCGUCUUCGCCCGCGGGAGGCUCGACAUCUCCCGCAACCGUGUUGAACGUGCAGCCUGAGAAACCUCAACAUUACACAUAUCUGAAGGAGUUCAGAACUGAGCAGUGCCCCCUGUUCGUGCAGCACAAAUGUACACAACACAGGCCUUUUUCCUGUUUCCACUGGCACUUCCUGAACCAGCGGCGCCGCAGACCCAUCCGUAGACGGGACGGGACCUUCAACUACAGCCCAGAUGUUUACUGCACCAAAUAUGACGAGGGAACAGGCACCUGCCCUGAUGGAGACGAAUGCCCGUUUCUACAUCGGACAGCGGGCGACACAGAGCGCAGAUAUCACCUCCGCUACUAUAAGACGGGAUCGUGUAUUCAUGAAACGGACGCAAAAGGCCACUGCAGCAAAAACGGCUCCCACUGCGCCUUCGCACACGGAUCACAUGACCUGCGCAGCCCCGUGUAUGACAUCAGAGAGGUGCAGGUGAUGGAGUGUCAGGGAGGCUCGGGGCCGACGGAGGGAGGCGGAGGAGACGGACAGUCGGGACAGGCGGCGAGCACGGCGCUCAUCGAGAAGAUCCUGAGUGAGGAGCCGCGCUGGCAGGACAACAACUACGUGCUGUCCCACUACAAGACGGAGUUGUGUAAGAAGCCGCCUCGUCUGUGCCGCCAAGGUUACGCCUGUCCGUACUACCACAACAGCAAAGACAGGCGGCGCAGCCCGCACAAGCACAAGUACAGAGCGCUGCCGUGUCCGGCUGUGAAGCAGAGCGAGGAGUGGGGCGACCCCAGUAAAUGCGAGGGAGCGGAGGGAUGUCAGUAUUGCCACACAAGAACAGAACAGCAGUUUCACCCCGAGAUCUAUAAAUCCACAAAGUGUAAUGACAUGCAGCAGUGUGGCAGCUGUCCCCGAGGGCCCUUCUGCGCCUUUGCUCAUGUUGAAAGGCCCUUUGUUCCAGAGGAGCCACCUUUCCCCACGCCGAGCUCCCCUCCGCCCCCCAGACCUCCAGACCCUCUUCCUGCUCAGGAAGCGUCUUCCAGUCCCAGCAGACACAACACGGGGAUGGGUUCUGGUUCUUUGUCCGACCCCUUCUCCCCAUCGGCAGGCUCGUGUGUGGCGGAGCACGGGCUGCUGGGGAGUGUUUUGUCUCUGUGCGAGGACACGAGUGCACGAGCGGAGCCGAUGUCUCCGUGGGCCGGAGAGGGAGGGUACGGCAGAGCGCCGGGGUUUGAGAGGGAGGAUCAGGCGAAGCAAAGGAGUUUUGCUCUCGAGCAGCGCCACAGAGAGUUGGUGACUGCACAAAGCAAACAGGACUUGUUGGUGUUUCUGCCGGUGGGAAGCCCUUUGAGUCUGUCCUCCAGCAUCCCGUCCAGUCUGGCCGCCACCCCGCCCAGCCCGGCCCCUCUCGGGCUCGGACCCCCGGGAUCCGGCAUGUCGUCGGGCAUGAACGCCAACGCCCUGCCCUUCUACCCCACCAGUGAGACCGUAGAGUCCGUCGUAGAAUCCGCUCUGGAUGAUCUUGAUCUGAAUGAUUUUGGCGUGUCGGUGUUGGAGAGCAGCUCUGCGCUGCCCGCUGUGGGAGGCAUGCUGGGAGGUAGCCAGUUUCAGAGUUCUGCCCCAGUUAAUAUCCCGGGAUCCUUUAGCAGCUCUGCUCCUUUUAGCUCGCCGUCACCGUCUCCACCAAUCAGGCCGCACGCUUCGCCUUUCUUCUCCACUGCCCUGUCACAACCCGGCCAAUCAGAAAGCACCUUCUUGGGACAGUCUCACAGCUCUUUAGGUCUGAACGGGAUGAGCAGUAAUAUCUGGGAGCAUUUCCCGUCAGGCCAGGGCUCCCCUGGUACCCCCCCCACCCUGCUGCCCUCUGGCCCCUGCGUGGAGACGUCCAGGCUCAAGCAGGAGCUGGAGGACGCUCACAGGGCGCUGAAGCAGUGGGGUCACAGCUGGAGACACACAGCUCAGUCGUGGGCUGCACUGAAAGCAGAUGCAGAGGAGUCGCGUGCACAUGCAGCACGGUUAGCCAUGGAAGCUGAGCGAGCCAAGCAGGCUGAGGAGGAGGCGGAGAGACAAGCUUCUCUCCUGCAGGAGGCGCUGGAGAGCUUAAGAAAUGGAGACAACCCCCAUCUAGCCCUGCAUCAACUCCGGCUACUACACCGACUGCCCUUGGAGUCCGUCCUCAGUUUGAAGGCUCAACUUUGUAGCUGCUUACACGCCGUGGAACAGGUGGUGUACAGGAAACAGAGACAGUGCUGUGUGACGUGUGGAGAGCAGGGCUCAGUGUCUCUGCCCUGUGGCCAUGGACUACAGUGUGAGAGCUGCUCCACCUCCACAGAGUGCCCGCUCUGCCCUGAACAGACCCUGGAGCAGCAGCUCUCUUGACCCCACUUGGACCACCACAGAUUCCAGACCAGUCAGUCCUGAAUCCACAGAAACCAGCCUUGGGUCUCCACCGCCAUUCAAAAUUAUGUCGAGGUCGUUUUAUAAUGUGGUAACGACACAAGCGCUGAUCUGGUUUUGUAUUUUUAAGAUGAUUUUUACUGGUGAAGUAAAAGUUAAAGGUCUUAACUUGGAAUUUAGGAUUAAUAAUUGUUCUAGUGGUUACCCGUGGAACCCUAGUACCUUUUUUACUCGUUAAUGCUCUUGACCAGCAACACUGUUCUUUACCCCUGUUCUUGAUUUGUGACAAUAACUUUAAGACCUGAUUCUGUUUCGUCUCUAGCUCUAAAGGCCUUUACACGCUCGGGGCGUGACCAAACAAUGACACGAAGAAGCAGAAUGCUGCGAAAUUAUUUAUAUGUCUAGGGCUUUUAUUGUGAAAGGUAAGGAGUGGAUCUGGUAUGUGCUGAAAGGAGUAUGUAAUAUAUUAUUAUUAUUAUUAUUAUUAUAUAUUGUAUACAGGCGCAAGGCAACCCGGUCUGCACAACGUGAUUGGUUGACGCCUUUAUUCACGAUGCAAAAACUCAGAAAAAUCAUCUUUGUAUUAACUUUUAUAAAAUGCCACGUAACAUUCGGGUUCUGUGUAAAAGUGUUCUUGACAAAAACAAAACAAAAAGCCCCCGGAGUGUAAAGGCCUCAACUGUGAAACAUUUGUAGACAUGAUUCUGAAUCCAAUAAUAAUGUUUUAUAGGAGAAGAUCAGCCGAAAGGACUUCCUGUUCGUCUUCAUAGCUUCAUUGGUUUUAAAGAUGUUCGCUGUCGCAUUCAAAGGUCAAUAUUGUUCCAAAACAUUUCAAAUACAAAAAGAAGUUUGGUGUUUUCCCAGAAAUCGAGACGGUUACUCGUGAUGAUACAAUCAUCGUGAACUACAGUCCUCAGAAACCACAGUGAUCAUCGAUCACAAUCUUCGAUGAGAAUGAAGUAAAAAUGAUUAUUCCCCCUAAUAUCGCAAUAUCACUCAAAAUGAAUGCAAUAAGACUUUUUAAAUAGUGACACUAAAGGAUCUUUUCUUGCCAUGUUGAGAGCUGUGUGGAGGGAAUAAUGAAACAAAGGUAUAAAGUGAAGGGGGCGCACUUUGUAUACGACAGACACAAACUGUGGAGGUGUAACGGCGUGUGGCCUGUCUCACUGUGGUGCGAAGAGGAACUUAUCGUUUCUGAAUUGUGUGACAGCAAAGAUCUCAAAACCUUUUCAGAUGCGUUGACGCGGCAGGUUGAGCGUUUAGCAGACUGAAAACACUUAAAGGGCAAAUGUAUCCAUGUUAUCUAUAUUGCUAAUGCCAAAAGGGGGGGGCCGCCACGCCAGUCUGCUGGUAGCGCUUGUAUCAUAUUGAAUUUCUUCUUUAAUUUCUUAUUCAUAGUUUCUUUUUCUCUGCAACAUAAAUGCUCAAUUACUGUCUAAUAAUAACAGAAGAUAUUUAAAAAGUGUAGUAUUUGUUUAAAUGUACAGCAGAUGGCCUCUGCUGAAGCACUCAGGUUUUCUCUAUUCUUCUACAUGAACUGAAGAGGAAAGCAUGUUAACAAUCAAGCAGAUGUACUCUCGUGUAGUCUUUUCAAAUUUCAUAUUUUUUACUUAAACGCUCAAACUUACAAAACUUUUCGUUCAAACCAUUUUCUAUGUUUAAAGCUCUUAAAUGUCUUGACGGGUCUCUCUGCCAACAUUUAUACAUUUGCAUUAAUCUUUGACAUUUCACAGUGUGUCAAAUGUAUAUGUAUAUAUAUAUAUAUAUAUAUAUAUACACACAUACAUAC